AUGGAUGGGCUGCCCUUCCUUCACCGCCCUUCUUGGCCCGCCCGUACAGCACCAAUCCCUACGCCUGUUAGACCGGCUAACUGUGUAAAUGGCAAAGCGACAGCAGCAUUUGCUAACUUUGCAACAAAAGCAACACAAAAAAAAGGAGAGGAACAUCAACUGCAACAAAAGCAACGGAUACUACAUAAAUGUAUCUAUAUCUAUCUAAGCGAUGGCCGUGCAUUGUAUUGCAGUUACGUGCUCGAUGGUCCAGCAAAAUGGCGAAUCGAAAAAAAGAUAAAGAGAAAGAAAUCUCUGAAACAAAAUCAACAAAGAAGCUGCCAGAAAAGCAGCAGGAUCUCUCAUUGA